AUGGUCUACCCAGGACACCCAAGUCGUGGGUGCUAUACCUGUCGCUCUCGUAAAGUCAAAUGUGAUGAGACCAAGCCAAUCUGUCUGCGAUGCACGAAAGCCAGACGUCAUUGUGAGGGCUAUCGUGACUCGGGUGCCAACAACAACAUACCUGAGAAACAGGGCGCAGCGCCAGGAUCUAAUAUAGACAUGCUCGUGGCUAAACGCAAUAGCCAACCUACUGCUCCAGGCGAUGAAUUCUGGGGCAGCAUUUGGAUGAACACACAAUUUACUAUCCUGUUACGCUAUCCCACUACAGCACUUGAUCGAGUCAAUUUACAUCGUCUUUAUGCAGAGCUUGUCCGUCUCCCUCAAGCUGCCUGCAUCUAUGGCGGUUGCUUAACUUAUAUACCCCAACUCAGUCCAUCACUCGUGUCAUCCUCGCCACUUCUACCGGCUCUAUCAGCUCUCAUUCUUGCAUUCGUCGUGCGGAAAGACAACAGCAAGCAUGCACAAGAGCAAGCCAUAACCAGUUACCACAGGGCUCUCCAGCUUAUUCGCCAGAUAAUCGAUCGUAACACUACAAGAAGGCGAAACGAGGUCAUUCUCACCAUCCAAUCCAUCUUCAAUCCUCAUCUCGGAGGCGCUAUCGCCUUUGUAAAGUCGCAAGACCUAGUCUCAUCUCAGGAUGAGACGAGCAAAGGUUUAUAUAUAGCACUCCUCACACGAUUUAUGUCCGCCUGUCUCAUCAUCGACAUAACCCAUACCGUCCAGGAAUUCCCUUUCACAAUGCCAGAGCUUCUCACCUUACAUGACGCACUGCUUCAGACCCCUUUCGUCUCUCCAAGGUCCCAACUACAGGUUUACCUCUGCAAGCUAGCCAUUCUGCACCUGCAAAUCUCGGAAGCUGCUAGCAACCUGAGCUCGGGACAUACCUCCUCAACUACUAUCACCGGUAUUCUCGAUUCGAUAAAUGCGACCACCCACCAGCUUUCACAAUGGCCGGGCUCCCUUCCCACAGAAUGGAUUCAUAACACCAUGGUGGUCCCUUCCGAGGACUGGAAUCUAUGGAUGCCGGUAGCACACGUUUAUUCAUCAUUCUGGGCCGCUAAUGACUGGACGCGCUAUCGCGCUUUGCAAAUAUGUACAUGUCACCUUCGUCUCCGCUUCUAUCAUCUCCUAACCGCCACCAAUCGUGUCAAUAUAGCAUCAAUUUCUCUGGGCAGUUUAUCUAACGAUAUAUCCAUGACACGUGUGAAGAUCCGCAAUCUUGCCAACGAUAUAUGCGCAUCUAUGCUAUAUCAUUUGGGAUAUAGGUGCAUGGGGUCUACCGAAAGACAAUACCCAAUCGAGGCAUAUCCUCAAGGGAAGUACGCAAGGUUAACAUCUGCAUCUCAAGUUACGUGGCCAUUAUACGUAGCCGGUAUUGUGGAGGGAGUAGAGGUCACUCAGCGGAUGUGGAUUGCGCGCCAGCUGGGUGUCAUCGGCGACGAGAUUGGGGUUAAACAAGGGAGUGCGAUGGCGGAGGUGGUUAGAGAGCUUGCGCUCAGAGAAUUGAGACCAGGCCCAGGGAGUGAAACAAGUAUGCACAUGGCGAUGGCUUGUUGA